UUAACAGUGGCGGGGUCAACCAGACCCACCUGGUCCUAACCAAGGCCACCUGCUACUUAGGCUGGGUAGAGGUAGCCGGUGACUCACCUUGCAGUCUCGUAGCAGACCUCGGCUCCGGUUCAUCUGUACUCCUCGCUCGCUAGCGUCUCCACAUCUGGGAAAAGUUGUCGCCCAUGACCUCCUAACCGGAAAACUUUUUAUAGUUAUCCUUUUUUCCUGGUGAGCAGCUAGCUACUGCUUCCGGUGCGGGACCCGGAGUUCCAUCCAUUUUUUUUUUCACCCUCUGCUUGAGCUUGUCACAUUAAAGAGUGUAAAGCCGAAGAAGAGAAGUCCGAGGCGGAGUGUAGAAGUGGACCUUUUUCAGUGCGCCUGGAAGCCCUGCUUGGUCUCUAUGGCAACCCGCCUUAGUUCUGCAGUCUCCUCAGCUCACCUGUCAGACACCCAGCUCCAGGCUUCCUCAACCGCAUUUGAUAUAAGGCAUUUUAGUUUAUCGGCAGUUUAAUUGUGUGCCUAACGUGUAUAAAAACGACUAGAAUGCGGUCUGCUGUUUUGUAGUAUUACUAAGAGCCGUUGUAUGAGGACGCUAUGUUUGCUCCACAAUAAAUACUCAGCAUAUAUGGUACACAUGUUAAAUAUAAUUGAAAUAAAGCUGCAAGUAGUGGGUGUUAAUGUUUCAAAUGGUGUAUUGUGUAUAAAGCUGCUGAACUCAGAAGUGCUUCCGCAUGAAUAUCAUGUGUACUUAUAGAAUAUUACUUUACCAUGGAAUAUUUACAACUUACAACUCCUGCAUUUCUGCAUCCAUAUAGAUUCCAGUAUCAAAACACCUUGCAAUAUAUACAUACUUUUCUCAACACACUUUCUCAUUCUGCAUAAUAAUUGGUUGAUAUCUUUAUAAAAUAUAUCUGAAGGUGAUGAUAGAAGUAGUGAGAAUGAGUGACUUUACGCCACGGUUAUAUGAAGUCAAAGUCGUGGUCGUUCGGCUCGAUGACCUCUGGGGUCAUGACCCGACCCAUGAAGAGGAUGGACCCUGGAGGGAAAGAAAAACACACGUACUGGAUGGUGUGUGAGUUACUUAAUGCAGUUCAAUGUGACCUCUAAUGUGGUUUAAUUAAUAAUACAGGUGGUCGGUGGCUUACGGCGUUUCACCAUUUUGUGUAGAUGUGAACCAGACGUGCCCUGAACACCUCCCCAGGGAGUUCAUGAACCCAAUCGUCUCAACUUGUGAGCUGAGUGUUUCGUGAUGCCCCUCAUAAAAACAAACAUUCACAUACAUACCUGUUCUCCGGUUUCUGAUGACGAAGAAAAAUGGGUGAUCAGCCAUGACUUGUGGGUACAGAACAAGAGUCCUGGUCAGGGCGAUCAUUCCUGGAAGAGGACAUAGGAGAGUCAACCAUGUAAUCCACCGCCAGAAGGGGGCAGUCGAAGUAUCACAAGCUCUCACACGUUACAUGCUAUGACAGCCUGUUGCUUUUCGUUCUUGUGUCUGUCCUGCUUGGUUCUCUUCUGUUUGCCAAUCAGCUCCUUACCCUGCCCCGUCUAGCCUCGUCACGUGUACUAUAAUUAAACACAGAAGUCUACCUGAUCCGACGGCACCCUCGGCUCCCUCCUCAGUCACCUCCAGUUUUCUUCCCAUGCUGUCAGCCUGUGGGUGGGAUUGAACGUAAGGAAAGUGGCAACAGUGGACAGCACACACAUAAAGAUCCAUUAAUCGGUCAACAAUUAUCGUGGAGAACUUGAGUAAAGAAUCAGACAGUGCCUCAGUCAUGGCUCUCCACACUGUGAUGUAUCCUAUCUUUAAGCAGGAGUCAACUCCUUGAUGACAUCAUAGACAGAAGACGGGCUGCGUAGCUGAUUUUGGAUGUUACGGACCCUGGCGGACAAGGAGAAGGAUGACUGGAAAGAGUCGUUGGCGAAAGUUAUUCAUGCAUACAACUGUGCCUCAUAUUACCUCAUCUUUGGAUGUUCCCCACGCCUGCCCAUUGACCUGGCCUACAGUCCAGUGUAUCAGAUCAGUCCUGGAAAUGGAACCUUCUGUUUCCCUGUGACUUCCUGCCCCUUGAAAAUCUGAAAAUCUGCCAGCACAGACUACCCAGCCCCAAAAAGACUCAAAGUCACAAAGUCUCUCGACCUCCACGUAAACAGCGGCAACAGCGCGAGAAUAGCGACACAUCGGAUGACAACAGCGGCACCGUCCAGUGGUACCUCAGAGCCCCACCAUCCUCAACCAAAUCUUUGUCACCAAGAAGAAGGAUGCGUCAGAACAGAUUGAAGACUCUGAACCUUGAAACCUUGAAAGGUCAGGCGAUGGUGAGACUGAGAUUGACAUUCCGGCAGCGGAAAAGAUGAGAUGGCGACCGACUGUACGAAGUCAUGACACUCUAGGUCAGCUGACUUUGGUCCAGAGAGACCGCAAGUUGCAGAAAGUCAACCUGUCAGCAGCACAGACUUUGCGUGCCGCCUUUAUUAAGGCAGAGGAGGAUAACCCCGGAGUGACUCAGGAAUUUGCGCUGAAGCUACUUGAGAAGAAGAACAUAAAAAUCAAUUAUAAUGAGUGUCUCUUUCGCAUGGCCGCAGCUGAUAUGAAAGAGUUCUGUAUUGAAAGGCAGGAGCCAGAGUUCCAGGAACCGAAUAAGCGGACAUGGGCAUUGAAACACAUCCUCAGUACAGUAUCUGAUGAGAUCAGUGGAAGAGUGGGAUUCCUGCAGACCAUCAAGUCAGGCAAAUGGGUGUCAAUGUGGAGGGUUGCAGUACACCAGACAUUGCCAAUGCCAUAAAAGAGAUGCUAGACAUUGUUAACGCCAUCUUCAGGAGAUAGCGGUAUCAAAACAGACAGCUUAUGUUUCUGGAAUCAAGCAAAUGUACAUGUGGAACAGUGAAGGCCACAGGCGAAGAACCGUUGUGCAUUUGAAGAAUACAACGUGUCUUGGAUAACAUCAGGGACGAUUCGCCUUCCAAACUUGGACACCCACUGGAAGACGUUAGAUUUCUUGGUCUGCAGUGUAACCAUGGGAACCAGGAUGGAGGUGACACUGCUUGAGAGCCGGAUGACUACUGAGGACUACAGGAAGCUGCAGAGCCUUUUCCUGGACUCUUCAGGGGUGCCUUGCUCUUUGUCCAGAAAGGAAUUCAUCCACCUCGCCUCCUCUAUGGUCAGCUGCGGCUCCGAAGAGGAGUACGGCUUCCUGUUUGACAGUGUGGUUGCCUGUCAAGAGCACCGUGGACUCCUCCUGGACUGCGAAGCUGUGAAGGAAGAAGGCCGCGUGGACUGGGGAGGACUGUGCUCGUUUCUUCAGCAGACGCUGUCUGAAAAACUGAAGCACAGCAGAAAAAGAAAUGCGCCUUACUGGAAGCCUCCUCGUUCUCUGACCUGUCCCCAUCGAGAUUCUUUACAGAAGGUGUUGUACCUAAAGAAUUGGGGUCAGUACAUGACGGUGAGCAAAGGAGGAUCUGUGGGCCUGCGGGACAGUUCUGACAUGUCACUACUGAGCACCCAACGACUGCAUAACAGCACAGUCCAACCCAAAGACCUCUGGGUGACAGAUGUGGUGCUGAUGCACAAUUUAUAUAAGAUUGCUGUGUCAUUCACGAGUAAGGAAAUAGUUUUUUAUGACAUAUUGCCGAAAAUGGACUUCAGCUGCACAUACAAACUACAGGGUUUGAAGUUUACACCGUGGUGUCUGGACUACUGGACCAAUAUCUCUAACCCAGAUGUGGCUAUUCUUGCUAUAGGUGACAUUGGUGGACAGGUUAGCGCUUUAUAUUUCACCUCAGCUCAAAUUUCUUUGUUUGAACGGCGUAGUCGGUGGACAGACUCCGAUUCUGUGGUCGUUGUCCAAUGGGAUGAUGUGGUCAAAGGAACACAUCACUGCUGUUACAUCGUCACACAUCAGGGACAUGAACCGGCCUGGGUGAGGAAAGUCCUUUACUUGGACUCACUGGAGGCCUUUGUGUCAUGCAGCACCAGGCCACAAAGCAGCAUGGUGAUUGGCUGGCGGGAGAAGGAGCGCAAGAGUCUACGAGUCUCUUCCUUCGUUACAAAGAGGGGAGUUUGGGACAUAGAUUAUCAUCAUGAGCUGAAACUUAUUGCCACGGCAGGUGUAGAUCAUCAAGUCCAGCUAUGGAACGCUUAUGUGACCUCUCAGCCAGUCUGCAUACUCACUGGCCACAUGGCCCCAGUUACAUCUGUUCACUUCAUGCAGAAGAAACAACUACUCAGCUUCUCAAGAGAUAAGGUUUUGUUUUUAUGGGAUAUUUCCAGUCAGCUGUGUGUUCACCGUCUGGAUGGCGUUUUUCCAGCAACGCAAGAGAGCGUGCACACACUUCUGCUGUGGAUUGAAGAGCGCCAACUCCUGCUGCUCACCUUCAAUAGCGUGCUUGUUUUGUUGGAGACCAUGAAGGAGGAGACAAGAACCAGCAGCCAUGAGCAUCCCGUCACCUGUGUGCUCUACAACAGCCUUUUCAGACAGGUAAUAAGCAGUGACACCGGCUCUUCUGUGAUCUGCUGGCUAGCUGACACAGGCCAAAAGGUUAAACAAAUUCACCGUUGCCAUGGCAAUGCAGAGAUCUCCACCAUGGCUUUGGAUGGCACACAGACAAGGCUGUUCACUGCAGGCACUGAUGGAGAGGUUAAAGUAUGGGACUUCAAUGGCCGCUGCCUCCAUAGAAUGAACGCUGGCCUGGGCAAGGCUGUAGUCAUCUCACACAUCCUGCUGCUGAGGAGAAGCAUCCUGGUGAUGGGCUGGGAGAGGAUGUUGACAGUAUUUCGCCUUCAUUCUUUCUCAAAGUCUCAAGUUGAGCCAUCAGAGUGGAAGGGCGGUGUUCAUCACCGUGCAGAAGUGCUGUGUGCGGCAUUCCAGCCUCUGCAGACUCUGGUCACAGGAAGUUGUGAUGGAGAGAUUAUAGUGUGGAACAACAACACUGAAAAAGCUUUGAGAAAACUGCAGCCGCCAGCUAAGCAUGAAGAAUUCAAACAAAAGGACAAUCCUGGGAUCACCAGAUUGAUAUUUUUACAAAGUCGUACAGCCGCACAAAUAGGAACAGGUAGUGCAGACCUGGUGUCAUGUGGCAGUUCUGGACUGGUCAGGUUCUGGAAUACCAUCACCGGGCGUCUGCUUGGAGAGUUCACGGCACAUAACGGACAACCGGGCUCUAUUGUCAUGACUGUCAGCCCCUGUGGAAAAUUUCUCGUCACAGCAGAUCAGGAGGGUACGAUCAAGACGUGGGACAUUGAGCGUUAUUCCCUGAAGUCUGAUGAGGAUGUGCUGACGGAAACUCCCGAAUUGCUGCAGAGUUUCCACCCACACCAGAAUGGGGUCACUCACCUGGAAAUGUGUGUCCACAACGAUCAACUCCUUCUUCUAUCAGCAUCUUCAGACUGCAGUGUGGCCCUCAGCUAUCUGUCAGGAGAAACUAUUGGCUUGUUUGGACAGGAGGAGCAGUGGAGAAUCAACAGACCUGAGCAUGAGCACCAACAGGAGGAGGUGGCCUGACGGAUGAGGAAGAAGACUGUCUGGGUGAAUAGUCCCUUUUGACUUAAGCGUCAUGGUAUUUUAAUUAUGAUAUAUACAAUUUUUCCUCAGUUCACGUCUGCACCGGUUAGCCAAAAAGUAUCCUAAAAUUGCAUUACUUAUUUCACAUUUUACUAAGGUAGCCUGUAAGGCACAUACAACGGUGUGAAAAGGUUUAAACACAUUCUAUCAUUUUUGAAGCACUGCAUUAAGGACAUGCAUCACUGUUUGUAUCAUAUAGCUUUUAUUAUAAAUAACAAUUUUUGACUGAACAUGGUGAAACAUAAACGUAAUCGCACUCAUGAGAUGUUGACAAUGUCAAUGGGUAUAUGGAUAUGUUGGGUAUUAAUGUCAAUACAUUUUUGUCGUUGGUCCACUUUUAUAAAAGCAUCAUUGAGAAAUGUGUGCUCAGUCUAAUAAAUGAUGGUAGUGAGGGAUUUGUUGCUAUAAAUUUUGACAUUAUUUUGGCGCUAAACAUAAAUGAUAGUCCCUUGAAGUCAAGUAGAAAGAUGUUCUCGACUUACGUCAGCAGUUACAGUCUGGAGAAAGUAUAAAUCUUUGUACGGGUCACGGUUACUGUACCAUUUAUCAGCCGGAGCUGUGAUAUUACAUCCUAAUGAGAUGGAAAAUCAAAACUAUGUGAUGGACUUGGGCUGGGAUGCUGAAGUACUGUGGCAAAAUAUAUUUCUUCCUCUGAAUUAUAUGACCCACCAACCCCCAAAAGAUCUGCCUGACCAUUAAAUGAAACCACUCAAAGGUAUAAUUUAAUAUUCAGUUGGAGAAAGGUCUGAAAAAUAUGGAGAGAAAAUACAAUUCUAACAUUUACCGGUGGGUUAUACCUA